ACAUUCAUAUUAGGUACUCUUAAUGUGACGCGUGCCUUUAAUACAAAACACUGAUAUAAUAUACUGAAGAGGUGAAUCUAUUACAUUUCGUAACCUAUUCUUUAUAAUCUGGCCAACACGGUCUUAAAUCAACAAAUUCUAUUUUGUUUUGCGCCGUGUGCAUGAGAGAGUGAGUGAGAAAGAGGGAAUAAGAGUGAAAGAGAGGAGAUGUAGUGAGAAGGAGAGUUGUAUAUUUGUGUAUAAUAUAGUUAUAGUGAAGGCUUAACCUGUUCAUCUAUUAACCUGUAUAAACUUUACAAUAUGAUUUUGGGAGGCCGUCUUUAUCACUAUAUUGGUCGUUUCCUCUGACCUAUUAAGAAGAUUGUUUUUCAUUGUGAUUAUAGCUAUACCAAUUUAGAUACAUGUUCAGUUUAUAUUUAGAUUAUACUUGCUCGGUUCCGGAUAAGAAUAUAGUUCUAGAGAUAUCGGUCGCACCUGAAUAAAGAGUUACUACUAUGAGCGCAAACAAUGAACGAGAUGCAACUGAGCUGAAGAAAAUUCUCCACGAGCAAAAUGGUGAAAAUGAAAAUGAAAAAAUAAUAAUUGAUGGAACUACUACAACUGAAAAUCAACUACCAAAGAACAGAUCGAAUAGACGGAAGGAAAGAAAUAAAUUCAGAAAAUAUUGUAUCUGGAGGAAAAUAUCAGAUUAUAAAGACCCUGUAGUAUUAAUCCCUCCGAUAGGAUGGAUAAAAGGAAGAACGUGUCUGCCACAAAAUUUAAAUAUCUAUUUUAGAAAACAAAAUAACUUAAUUAAACCUCUAACAAAGGAUGCUAUUGAUGAAUCCAAUACGAACUAUUUUUUAUUUCGACACGAUGAUGAUUAUCAUUGCUGGCCUAAUCUUAAUAAUUCCUUUGUAAAUCAAUCUUGGUCAUUAGGUAACGAUUAUAGGUUGGGAAUUCGCUUAUCGGACGGAUGUGAUUUUUAUGAUUUUAGUGAGUCGAGAGCGUACAGUAUAGGCCGAAAACUCUCCACUCAUCUAAACUAUGUACAAUUAAUGCAAAGUGGGAAAGUAUGUAAGAGCAAGCUAAAGCGAGGAAUAGCUAAAAGCUUAUACAAAGGAAUAGAAGAGUCUAAGAGGGAAACAAUCUUCCAUUCGCCCUUUUCUUUUGGUCUGAAAGAGGCAAAGCGAUCAUCGGAUAUUUUUACUAUAGCAUCCGAAAGCCUAAUGAAUAAUUUAGAAGAUGAAAAAAAAUUAUACGCCCUGCUGGAUAAUUUCUAUUUUAAUUUUAAAGGAGAUUUUAAACCGGGAUUUUUCCCCUAUGCCGGAAGUUUAUCGACAGAUGAAUUCCAGUUUGUUAAUUGGUGUUAUAUGAAAGCACCGUUGUUUUUUAAUCAACCUUCGGGUAAAUAUGCCGAAAAAGAUAUUGAAACUAUAUUUAAGUUAUUUUCAAAGCAUAAAAAACUAGUUGUUAACUAUCAUCAGAAUAAUGAAACAAAGCCAUUUACAUUAAGUAAGAAAAUUCAAAUUAAAGAUCAUCGAAGCUUCCGCUCAAGAUAUUAUAGUGUUGUAUCCGUAUCUGAUGAAGAUAAAUCAAAGGAAGGAUACUGGUCUACCUUUAAAACAGUUGAUCAUGAGAAAUAUAUAUUUUUUUGGCUUGGAGAUAAUAGCAUGUGCUUAUCAGACUCCAAUUCUUUUCUAGCUAUAAGAGAAUGUGGCGUAAAAGAAGCAGUUCUCCAGCACUUUGCCUAUAGAAAUCGACGCCUAUAUUUAAAAAACUCUAUGGUUUGUAUACCAAACUAUCCCUUUAUGCGAGCGACAAUUGUCAAUAAGGAGGAAAGAGGCUGUAGUACAGAAGUAUUUAUUAAAAAAAAUGGGAAUAAUGUUGCUAUUGUUAAUAAAUACGGAUUUAAACUGAGAGCUAGUAUGCCAGAUGUGUAUAUUCUUCAUGCUUCAUUAUCAGAUUCGCAAUUUAUUUUGGCGUUCAAUAAUUUGCAUUCUGAAAAGCCUCAUUGGCAAAAGUUGGAUUAUAAGAAUAUCCAUGAAAUGCAACAAGGUCGGAAUUAUGAAGUGGUUUGCUCUGAUGGUAAUCCGAGGCGUACCUACGAAAAUGGAAGAAUUUCAGAGGAAAUCAGAAUAAAUGUUCCAGAGAAAGGUACCGAAUAUUGCUUUGUGACUGACAAAGGAGCAGUUGCCGUAAAUUCCGAUUAUGGAGAAUUUCUCGAAUAUGACAAUUCUUAUGAACAAAUUUAA